CCCACGUCCACCAUGGCGGCGCCCGGUGGUGAGUUAAACUGUGAGGACUUUUCGAUGUUUCAGGAGGUGUUAAGGGUGAUGCGCACCAUAGAUGAUAGGAUUGUCCAUGCUCUGAACACCACUGUACCUACGGCGUCCUUCUCAGGAAAGGUGGACGCCAAGCAGACCUGUAAAGAGCUCUAUGAGUCUCUUUUGGAAGCCCACCUCAGUAGAGACAAGGCCAUAAAGAAGUGUAUAACAGAAACGUCCGCGGUCGUCACGCAGUUACGUGAGGAGAGGGCUAAGGACAGUGACAACCUGUCAAUUAUCAAACAACUCAGGAAGGAACAGACCAAGUUAAAACUCAUGCAGUCAGAGCUGAAUGUCGAAGAAGUCGUUAAUGACCGAAGUCUGAAGGUUUUCAACGAGCGUUGCCGAAUCCACUACACCCCUCCAAAGAUCAAGUGAAUGUGCGUGCGUGUGUGUGUGUGUGUUCUGUCCUGUAACCCGCUGGUCUGUGGAGCUGCCUGAGACUAGGAGCUGGAGCCAGACAAAGACACUGCACCUCAGACUCAUCAGAACCUGAAACCGAGACCGCAAACACCACCCGGCUCUCCUGUCCGUUACCCACGGCUACGGCCGCGGGUCGCCACGGCAACAAAAGACAGCUGUUCACAAUGCACCUCUGUGUCUUUUCAUACAGAUGCUGUACAAAAUGGAUUUUAUA